AUGAUAAAUAUAGUGAAUAAAGUUGAGAGUUUACGUAAGGAGUUGGAACAUUGGAAGCAGCUUACAAACCAGCCAACGGAGCCUGAGCCUGCAAAGGUUAAGGAGGAACCUUUCACAGAUGCAACUGAUCAUGUUCAGAUGUAUCAAGCCCCUCUCUCACAUACUGUUGUUUCUAAACCUUUCACUAAACCUAAGCCCACAGUGACUACAGUACAACAGGUACAACAAGUUCAGCAAGUGCAACAAGUACAGCAGGUCCAACAAGUCCAACAAGUUUCAACUGUUAACCAACCAACUACAGUUGGAGUUCAUGAAGAAGAUCCAAUUCAGCAACAGUCUCGUCGAAUGAUGGUACAAGGAAUGCCUCCACAAAUGAAGGGAAUGUUCCCAAUAAAGGCACAGAGUGGUGCCGCAAGUCCGCAAGCCUUUUCACAGCAAAUGUAUCCUCAGUUCCAGCAACAAAUGUUCCACCCUCAGAUGAACCCUCGCGUCCUACAGCAUCAUAUGCAACAGAGACUUAUGCAACAACAACAGUUCCAGCAACAACAGCAACACUUUCAGCACAUGAUUCCAAUGCAUCAGGAAACUCAAAUGGGAACAACACAGAUGCCCUCGGGACAAUUUUCAACAAAUCAAUAUCAACCUCAAUUCUCGCCCUCACAACGCUAUUAUCAAACACAUAACCAGCAAAUGAUGCAUCACAUGGGAAUGCAAAAGGGCCCAAACACUAAUCAGAAGUAA